UGAGUGUCAUUCAUUGGGCUCAGCUUAUAGUUAAUGAAUAUCUGUAACAGAGACUGAAACAGAAGAGGACAAAGACAUUGAGAUGCAACUGUAAUGAAAUAUUAUUCACUAUGUCACUAUCAAAAAGAGAGUAUGAAGUAUAUAAAUCUGGUAUUGACAAACUUGUCUAUAAGUAUUUGACAAAAGAAAGAUCAAGUGCAUCUUCAAUAAUAACAAAUGCCAUCACGGGAGGAGCUGACAAACGCAAGCUUGCAGACAAGCUUGCAGGCCUUGUGGACAAGUCCACUGCCCUUAAACUUGCUGAUAAGGCCUUCUCUCUAUUGGAGGACCUUGACAAUCACAAAAGUAGUUCCAGAAAACGCUCUCACAAGGAUGAGGCUGAGAACACAAAAGACGGGCAUGACAAAGAAAGCAAGAAGCCACGGACGGACAAGCAGCCAUUGGUUGUUUCUUCACAGUCUUCAAGCACACCCAGUGAAUCUGCACCCACCAUUACCCUACAUCAAAAGCAGAUUCAAGAUAUUAUGGCCAAGGCACAAGCUGCAAUAGAGGAGCGCAAGAAGGCUCUAUCAAGCAUUGGCGUCACUCCUGCAGCAACUCGUGAUGCUGAUGGAGCUACUCCGGCAUCCACCAAUGGCACUGAAGUCAACAGCAGGAUUGCUGAACUGCAAGCCAGGAUCCGCUCACAGAUGGGCUCAGUUGCUGGACUGCCUGUACCAAGUCUUAUGGGGAUUCCAGGCCUGGUAAAUCCACCAGGACUAGUACACCCCAUCUUGAGUAGCACACCAAUGCCUGUUUAUAGCACUCCAGGGAUGGGAAGUGCUGUGGGGCAGCCCAAGCCUCCUGGGGAGCGCCCUCCGCCUAUCAUCCUGGACAGUGAAGGCAGAACUUUAGACUUGAUGGGCAAAGAGGUACACAUCACGUCACGGGCACCCACGCUCAAAGCUAACAUCAGGGCUAAAAAGAGAGCAGAGUUCAAAGAAAAACUGUCAGAAAAGCCUGCUCUCGAUGAGCUGCCUGAGGCAGAUUAUUUUGACCCCAGAGUUCCAGCACGCCCAUCACUUCGACCUAGUAAACUUAAUUUUAAAUUCCACGAGCAUGGGAAGUUUGUGCAACUUGCUCAACGGGAACGAGCUAAGGCGCGGCUCGACAAACUACAAAAUGAAAUCUCAACUGCGGCUCGUCGGACAGGAAUAUCCUCUGCCGCUCGUCUUGCCGAGCUCCAGGGAGACUCUAAAGACCUGCUCAUUUCUGUCAAGACUCCUGACAUCGAGUGGUGGGAUUCGGUCAUUCUGCAGUCUCACAGGUAUCCAAGCGCGGGUGAGAAGGCCGUCCCCCGGACCGACUACAUCACCAACUUGGUAGAACAUCCGCUGGAGGUGAACUGUGUCACUGACACUGACGCCCCCGUCGCCCUGCAAGUGUUCCUCACUGCCAAGGAGCGCAAGAAGCUGCGUCGCAUGAACCGGCGCGAGGCAUGGAAGGAAAAACAGGACAAAAUAAGACUUGGGCUUGAACCGCCGCCUGAACCCAAGGUUAAAAUGGCUAAUUUGAUGAGAGUGUUGGGCACUGAGGCGGUGCUUGACCCCACCAAGAUGGAGCGGCACGUCAGGGACCAGAUGGCUAAGCGUCAGCACGCGCAUGAGAAGGCCAACGCUGAGAGGAAACUGACGCCUCAGCAGAGGAAGGAGAAGAGACUUGCAAAACUGAAGGAGGAUACCAGCACAGGGGUGCAUGUGUCUGUAUACAGAGUAACCGACUUGAGCAACGGGUCCCACAAGUUCAAAGUUGAGACGAACGCUAAGCAGCUCUUCCUGACGGGGGCUGUUGUGCUCUUCAAGGACGUCAACGUGGUUGUGGUGGAGGGAGGGCCCAAGCAGCAGAAGAAGUACCGCCAGCUUAUGAUGAACAGGAUAAAGUGGGUAGAGGAGGCCCGCGCCAACACCAACAACAUCAAGCCUAAAUGUCAGCUCGUGUGGGAGGGAACGACACUCGAGCGAAACUUCGGAGAGCUCCAGUUCAAGUCGUGUCCGACUGAGAGCUUUGCCCGUGACCAUUUCAAGCGUCAUGGCGUGGAGCAUUACUGGGAUAUGGCAUACGCCACGAAGCUUGCAGAGGAGGCGGACGCUUCCAUAUUAUGAACCUCACUACCGAAAUAGUGGAUGGUUAUUUGACAACUCAUCAUCCCAUGUGCGCGGGCUGCGAAUAUCGGACUUCAGUCGCAAGCUAGUGUUAAUGCUGCUUUCUCGUAAGCAGAGGCUGCAUCCUCUUGCUAUAUUUUUCUGUAAAUUAAAACGAGCAAUUGAUUGCUCGAAUCGCAAAUUUACAAAGAAUUUAAAAACAAAGAAAAUGACACAAUAAUUCACCAUAUCUUUGUAGAAAAGUGUUUCGGGAGUCCAGUAACCAUCAUUUCAAAAUCUUAGAACGCAAGCACUAUCAAUUUUCAAAAAAAUUUUUCAUUGUAGUUAUUAAAAACUAAAUCAACAAAUGAAAACAAACAAACAUGAAAGAAUCACGGGAAUGUGAAUUUUAACUUUACUUGUAUUAAACCUCGUAACUUGAGUUCUGGUAUUUAUAGGAUAUAAUAUAUAUCUUAUAAUUUUUGGAUCUUGAACUGAUGAUGGAGAUGUAAUAUAAAGAUAAGGUGAAUUUGGUGUGUCAUUUUAUUUAUUGCUAAAUUAUUGGUAUUUGUAAAUGUAAUUGAACAUUUUGCUUUGGACCUUAUGAUGAGUUUAUUCGAUGAUCUGCUGGGUUUAUUUUACUUCCUGCAAGAAGAAAAUCUAAUUUUAUUUUCAAUACAAGUUGCAAGGGGCAAAAACAGUGUUUUAAACAUGAAUGGGUACUAUUACAUCUGACCCCAUUUUGCCAAGUUCAUCCAGAUCCUGUUGCUAUUGUUCAUUUUGAAAUAUUAGUUUGGUAGUAGGCGCUUUAUUCUCGACUCAACUUCACCAGAGCCACCGCAACCAAUUGAGCGAGAAGGCCAAGCAGUUUUUUUUACACUUCACGUACCAUUUAUUUGCUGUUUAAAUGUUAUUCGUAACUCGUACUUGUGCGAAUGUGAAUUACAGUCACUACACAAAGAGUAAGGAUUUUUAAUUGCUCAAAAUAUCCCGGUUCCAUUACAUUUUCUCAAAUUUCCAGGUAGUAAAGACAUUUGCAACUGAAUCGCGCAGAUUGUAAUGUUUGCUAACCUUUAUUAAAGAUUUAUUGCAAAAUUUUAAAGUCACCGAACUGAUAACCUCGUUGCCGACUAGGCUAAAGGUGCCUUUAUACGGGGACAGCACUGGCCGCCAGUUGUUCUGCCGCUUGAACUGUCCACGCUGCUAGCCUCGUGUUCAGCCGCUUCAGUGGCAUGUGCCGAGACGCGGCUGGGAGGAUCAACGAUGUUUUGUUUUCUUCGCUGAGAAGCGGCCAGUGCGUUGUUUUGUUCGCUGAGCAAGCGGCUAUGCUAUGGUGAGGGCAUCUGUGCCGCUCUUGUGAAGCAUCUUGGGUGAAGAAAAUCAUGGCUUAUUUGAACAAGAAUGGUUUUAAAGCGCCCCAGAUACUAGCGUAUCCUACUCGCGAGUCCGGCUGGCUGAUUCUGACUAGCGAAUCUGAUUCGGUGACAUUUCACCACACACCUAUGUACUUUGCUCGCAGAGCUCAGUGCUAAAGAUGAGUCCGUCGAGGCAAGUUGCAGCUGCUGCCAUCAUGGCCAUACCGUCGUGUUGAAUAAGCUCGGGACAGUGAAAGAGCAACGGAGGAAAAGAUCAAGUUGGUCAAAAGAAUGGCUAGUCAAUCGAUAAGGAUGCAGUCAAUAUGAAUUUGCUAAAUUUCAUACGCAACGAUAAUCAAAAUUCAAAACGACUAUCGGAACUAUUUAAGGGUUAUUUAUUUUAUUAAUAAAGUUUUGGUCUGCA